AUGAAAGUACAAGUACCUUGUUUCUUUCUCGCUUUACUACCGUUUUUCCUUUCUUCGACUUUCGCUUUCAACGACAAGUCAAAACAACUCUUUGACGAGGGUAACGAAUACUUUAUAAAAGGAAACUACGACGAAGCAUUGAAAAGUUUUGACGAUGCAAUUAAACUGGAUUCAGAAAAUCAUUGGUUUAUUUUCAAACGUGCUGCAACUAACAUGCAUUUGAAACGAAAUUCGGCUGCUGUGCAGGACUUUACCAAAAUAUUAAAUUUAAGACCAGACUUUGAGCCGGCUUUGUUACAGCGUGCUAAAAUAUACCUAAAUGAAGGAUCAUUUUUCGAUGCCGAAAAAGAUUUACAAAAAAUAUUAGAUAAUGAAGAAGCAAGUAACACGCUUAAAAAUGUGGGUUUGGCAAAAGAACUGGUAACGGAGGCAGAAAACGCAUCAGAAGCAAAGGAUUACGUUAAAUGUAUAGAAAAAAUUUCUGAAGCAAUAAGGAUUUCUUUAAAGUCACCAAGUCUAAGAUCAAUUAGAGCAAAAUGUCAUUUAGAAAAAGGUGAAGUUGAAGAAGGAGUCCGAGAUUUAACAACCAUUUCACAACUUACACCAGAUGAUCCCAAUUUGUUAAUUCGGUUAUGUCGCCUUAAUUAUUUUUCAUUAUAUAAUUUCGAACAAGCACGUAAUAAUCUUAAACAAUGCAUGCGAUAUGAUCCAGAACAUAAAGCAUGUAAAAAUCUUCAUAGAUUAAUUAAAAAGAUUGAAAAAGAAGUUACGAGAAUUAAUAACGAUAUUCAACAGCAAAGGUGGCUUUUAGCAAUAAAUAAAUUAAUAGGAACAGCCUCAAAUAAAUGGCAAGGACUUAUAACUGAAGUUGAGAAUGAAUUAAAAAAUAUGAAUGAAGGAAUUCAAAAGAAAGAAUUAAAAAUAAAAUUAUACAGUUUAACAUGUAAAGCAUAUCAACAGUCAAAGAAUAGUCAAAAGGCAUUGAAAUGGUGUAGUGAUACAUUGAAAAUGGAUGAAAAUAAUGUGGAUGCAUUAAUUAGUAGAGCUGAGACAUAUAUAGAUAUGGAAGAUUAUGAAUCAGCUAUAAAUGAUUAUAAUAAAGCUAAUGAAUUGACACAAGACCAGGAAAUUAAUUCUAGUGUGAGAAAACGACUUUCAUUUGCACACAAAUUAUUAAAACAAUCCAAAAAGAAGGACUAUUAUAAAAUAUUAGGGGUUUCCAGGUCAGCAGAUAAAAGAGAGAUUAAAAAAGCGUAUAGAAAAUUAGCUCAUGAGUGGCAUCCUGAUAAAUAUAGAGGAGAUCUUUCAGAAGAUCAAGUAGCCACAAAAAUGAGUUCUAUCAACGAAGCAUAUGAAGUGUUAAUGAAUGAUGAAUUACGAGCGAGAUUCGAUAAUGGCGACGAUCCAAAUGAUCCUAAUGGUGGAAAUCAACCAUUCUUCUAUCACGAUUUCAUGCAAUUCGGUAAUGGAUUUCAUUUUGCUGGAUUUCCUUUCGGUGGUGGUGACGGUAAUGGCGAAGGACAUCAAUUUAAGUUCCAUUUCAAUUAA